GCGUCGUCGAGGCCGGCGGGUUUGGCGGCGCAUGCGCAGAAGGGGGCUUUGGGGAGCGGCCGAGCCGGCUCGCGGCGGAGGAGGAGAAGGCGGAGGAGGAGCGGCGGCCUCGUCGUCGUCGCCAUGAGGGCCGGGCGGGGGCUCCCACGUGCGCAGAGAACGGAAGCCCCCACCUGCUAGUGGCGCCCUGCCAUGCUGGCCUGCCUGCCGGGUCCAGGCGAACUCUCCUUCCCGCUGCUUUCUUACCCGCAGAUGAACACUGGACUUCAGAAAUGGGACACUACACAGAAAAUGAGAGCUGCACAGCACCCUACUCCAGCCGAGUUGGACGCGUAUGCUAAGAAGGUGGCCAACCACCCUCUGACUAUCAAAAUUUUCCCCAACAGCGUCAAAGUCCCCCAGCGGAAACACGUCCGCCGCACCGUCAACGGGCUGGACACCUCGGGGCAGCGGUACAGCCCUUACCCACCGUCAUUGUCGCAGGCCACCACAAAAACGGGACUCCUGGCCAUCGUCCGGCCGUCGGCCAAAGGCAUCGUCAAAGACUUUGACGGGACACGAAGCUCCUCCCGCCUGCUGCUCCCGUCGGAGGCCAUGAUGAACCACCCGUACGCGACACCUAGCACUUUAAGCCACCACCCACAGCAGGCAGCCUUGGCCCGCCAGCAGGCUCUGCAGCACCUCCCAGGCAUGGGGACGCAUGCGCAGGGUGUCCCGCCGACCUUGCAGCCGCCACCUCAGCACGCCCAGAACAUGGCUCACACGGCUUUGCAACAGCAGCAGCAACAGCAACCACCACCACCUCCGACCGCCCCUCCACAGCAACCCCCGCAGCAACACUUGCUCCCGCAGCCGCCCCUGCCCUCGGGGGCCAUGCACGGGGGAGGCCGUAAGAUGGCGGACGCGGACGCCCCCCCGAAUGUGACAGUCUCUACCUCGACCAUCCCCCUCUCCAUGGCUGCCACUCUGCAGCAGAACCAGCCCCCGGACCUGAGCAGCAUUGUCCACCAGAUCAACCAGUUUUGCCAGGCCCGGGCUGGCGCCAGCGCUACCUCAGUCUGCGAGGGACAGAUCGCCAACCCCAGCCCCAUCAGCCGCAACCUCCUGAUCAGUGCGAGCACCCGGGUCUCCGCUCACAACGUCCCCACCCCACUGCCUUCUUGCGUGGUCAACCCUGGAGACCACCCCACCGUCCCGGCUCCAGCUCCCAUGGGUCUCCCUUUAGGGGGAGGUGUCGGUAGGGGCGGCCCUCCUCCUUCAUACCAAAGUGAAAUGAAGCAGGUGGCGGCAGCGGCGGCAGCGGCGGCGGCUUGGAACCAGCACCAGCUCGCCCACCUGCAGCAGAUGUGUGGUGAGACCGUCGUGGGACCCUCAGGGUUAAUGGGGAAACCCCCCGGUCCCCGGGAGCUGCCUUCUGGGCAGGGUUUUGCCCCCAGCAAAGCCUCCGGUUACCCUUUGGAACUGUGCAUGGGGCAGCCGUUCAACGUGAAGCCCCCGCUGGAGAAGCCCACCCCCUCGCCACCGGUCAACGGCCUCCCAGGCCCCCUCCCCUAUGCCAACGGGCAUUACUUCCAGCCCCUUUGGAAUAACAUUCUGCCCACCCCCAACAGCGACAGCUCAGGCUCCCAGGACCUAGCCAUGCCGUUCCACGGUGCAGCGGGGACGCAAGCAAUGGCCCCCGCCCUUGAGUGCCCGGCCGGACCGCACUACAGAGCCACUGGCAGCGGCGGGGCUGGCGGUGGGGGAGUGCCGCCGGGGCAGAGCGGCAUGAUGCAGACCAUGGAGUACCUGAGCGGUGACUUCCAGCAUUCCUGCCUGCGGGAGCAGCCGGGCGGGCUGGGGCUGAGCAAAGUGGCCCGCUCCUCCGCCAUGAACCGCGCGCCCACUGAGAGCGCCGAUAGCCGAAGCCUUCAUAUUCAGCACCCAGGGUAUAGAUAGAUAGAUAGAUAGAUAAAGGCAGGGAGCCACUUUCCACUGACACACAUACACACAAAGGAAACAAAAAAGCGAUAUAGGGUUAGACUUAAUUUGAAUUAAUAAGCAAAGUGCGUGGCUGUGGGGAUUUUGUUUUAAUUUAUCUCUCUCUCUCUUUGUUUUUUAGGCUUUUUAAGUGGCAAACUUACUGUGAUCAUUAUGGCUGCCCCCAUGCAAUGAACACACUGUGCAUUUAUAGAACUAGAAGUAAUCCCGUGCGGGUAACUGGCAUCCUCCCUUUCUCUCUGGGUUUCCCCACUACCCUUCUGUCUCCUAACAAAUGCAGGAUGGGGUUGUCGGACUCCAAAAACUGUGUCGGCUGUGAGUUUUGCCCUUACGCUUCAGGUUUUUUGGUGGGAAAGAUGCUAAACAUGGAGCUAACCCAUUUUGCGUUCCCAACCAAUUCACGUUGGAUGGAGCUGUGAAAAGUUCCCCCUUCCUUUGGACUGCGGCUCCCAUGGUUCUUCAGCUGGCGGAGGGAACUUUUCACAGCUCCUCCAGUGUCUUGUGAAGCCCUUUGCCCACAGAGCUGCACUUUAGAAAUUAGCCUUAUCCUUUGCCUCCUAGGCAUAGAUAUUUUUGUGGGGUGGAAAUGUGGGAGCUUGUGCCCGCGAAGCAAAGCACGUGGAAGAGGAGGCUUGGUCCUGCCCCGCUGUUUGACUGCUGCUUCCAUAGUCCUUUGAAAGCAGGCUAGAUUAUAUAUUUCCCAGCAGCGUUAGUCAUGGGGUCCCCUCUUCUUCUAUUCGCAGUGAAUCCCCAACUCUCCUUUUUGGGAACAUGAGCAGAGAAAUGGGAAUGAGUUUACCCUCUCCCACGAAAUAAAUGGGGACAGGUUUACCCUUUCCUCUAGCAAAUACAUGGGAAUGGGCUUACUCUCUCCCACCAAGUAAAUGGGAAUGGUUUUACCCUCACUGUGAGCAAAUACAUGGGAACAGUUUUACCCUUGCUCCCAGCAAAUCGAAAGGGUUCGGAUACCGAACCGUUGGGCUUCCCUUGCGCUGAAUAGUACAGUUCCCAUUGCCGGCUUGGGAUGAUGGGAAUGGUAGGCUGGAGCCACAGUUCUCUAAGACGCCGGCGGUAUUACUGUAAGACGCUUUUCUCCUCCAUGUGCAUUAUUACUCUCAGUCUUUCCAGGUUUCGGGUUCCUUUCCGACGCUCUCCUGCCCGGUUUUGUGCAAAGGCAGCUCCGGAGGUUCACUUCCGGAAAGAGCUGGCCGCCCCUCUUUUGAGCCGAGCGAGAGGUUUCCGAACCGUUAGUCCGACCAGAAAUUCACUUGGCGUAAGUGACGCUUCUCCUUUCACGCUUGCCCUUUCCCCGCACCGUCCUAAAACCAGAGAGAACCUAAUGAUCACCGUUGAGUUUGGAACUUAAAGAAAGAAAGAAAGACAUUAAAAUGACAGCUGCCUUUUAUUUUUGAAGCAAAGGAACCUACUUCUCUGUACACUGGCUGAAACCGAUUGCUGUACACUGUAAACUCGGACGUGUAAUACUUCUGUGUGAAUGUUACCCGGUAGUUUGGGGUCUGAGUAGCACUAUGGGGGCGACCCCACUGCCCCCUUCCUUCCUCCCUCCCCUUCCUCCCCCCCCCCCCCCCCCCCCCC